AAAAGAAAAAUCACGUCAUUCAGUCAAGUGCCAGCUGAUCAGCAGUGAAGAUGUUUAGUUCUCGGAGAAAAAGCCUUUUUCUCAUUUUCCUCUCCUGUGUCACAAUAAGUUUUGUGUUUUGCAGUGAAACUGAAAAUGUGAGUGUCAAGACGGAAAAUCUCGAUGUUCCAAGUGCAGAAGUGGCGGAUGAGAGAGAUGCCAUCCAAGCUGGUGCUCUUGAGCUGGAGCAUGAAGUAGUUAACGAACAGGCGGAUCAGCCAACAUCCGGGGAGCGUUUUGUGGCCAUUCACGUGGACACGAUGGGAAUGCGCGAGGAGCUGAGCCCCACACUGUUGGGACUUACGCACCUCGCUCUGACAUUCCUCCCGGCUGAAUAUCAAUUCCUCACGGUGAUUUCGGCAGCGCGGGAAGUCGUAGCUGGGGUGCGAUUUAUUCUCGUUGUCAAUGCUGAACGUGUGGAGACGGGAGAGAGGGUUGUGUGUGGCAUGGAGAUCCUCGAGAAGCCCUGGAUAACCACGGAAUGGGGUGAAAAGUGGAGGAUGCUUGAGAGGACAAAUUGCACAGGAAGUCCAAAUCCCUUGGCGCCUGAUAAGAAUCAGUAUAGUCAGGUUAAUCCGAUUUUUACGGAGAGGGAGAAGGAAGUCUCCGAAGAGAGGAUGAGGGAGGUUGAGAAACAAAUUAUAACGUCAACCACUCCGAGGGAUUUUUACGAAGUUCACGACACAACGACUGAGCUUCCUCUGGCAGGAUUGUCGGAUGAAAUGAAAGCAUUGCUUGAUGCAUUUUUUCAGACAUCAGCUGUUCCUAGGCCGGGAGCUCCAAAGCCAAAUUCUUGGAGUAUUGUGCGAGAGAAUGUAGCUCAAGUUGAUGGAGGAGUAAGGGGUGAAGUUGAGGAAGAGAAAAUUGAACCAAAGGCAGCUUAUCCUCAAGGGAUAACAGAAGAUUCCACUGUGGUAUCCUCCACAGAAGCUUUCAUUGAGAUCACACCAACACCUCUCUCCAAUGAAGUUCUCUCCUCCUCGCAAAUAACGGAGAAUCCUCAAUAUUUUGAGGAAGAUCUCGGUCAGCAGCAAAUAAUUGAUCCUUUCCUGCAAAUUGAUCCUGCCAAUCAACUCCCUCCGAAUGACAAUGUCCAGGAACAAAUCCAGGAACCGUUGAGACAAAAACGAGAACUUGGUGUUACGGAGAAGGAAGAAAUUCUCUUACUGCUCAAUCGUGCUCUUCAGCAGCUGGAUGUGAUUGAUGAGGAUUCCUCAAGGAGGCUUGCAAUUGACAUCUACCACGUGAAGGUAUCGCGAGAUGGGGAGCAGUGCAAGACAGUGGCAGCUCAUGCUAAAGUAGCAAAUAGUCAAUGCAGUGAAGGUGAAGAUGAAAAUUUGCAGGAUUGUAUGGAAAAUGUCUUUCCGGAGACGACAAAAUUGUGUGCAAUUGAGGCCACCCUGUGCAAUGAUAAAUCCCUCAAGCUCAAGAAGACCAUCUGCAAGCCAAUUCCGGAGAAGAAAUCUCGCGAGAAGAGAGGAAAUGUUCCAGGGGGAGUGAAUGAGAUUGAUCUGAAUGACUUGAAAGAUGAAUCUCAUCCACUUCACGAUCUUGUGAGGGAGAGUCUCGCAGGUUUGAGUGAAAAGGAAAAUGGAGCUUCGUACAGCUUUGUCCGCAUAAACAGUGCAACGAAGCAAGUUGUGGCUGGAAUGCUGUACAAAGUAAAUCUCGACGUUAAGGACUCCAAUGCAAAGGAAGUUCAGUGCAAUUUGAGAAUUUGGGAGAGAGCGUGGUUGAAUCCAAGCAAGGAAAUUGAUUUUGAUUGCAAUAACUCCAAAAAGUUCAAAUUCACCCGUGCCCGUCGGUCUGUGGAUGAUGCUGAGCAACCUCAUCCCGUUCUUGUUGGUGGUCCAACACCAAUUGAUGUGGAUAAUGAUGAUAAAGUUAAGGAACUCGUGCGAAAUAGUCUUGUGUCCUUCAAUGAACAAGAUGGGAAUAGUUUUGAACUUCAUCGAAUUGUUGCAGCAACGAAAAAGGUUGUUGCAGGAGUUUUGUAUGAGAUUAAAGCUGAAUUCCGUAGCACUGGAGAGUCAAAGGAGAUUGUCACGUGCAAUUUGUCAGUGUGGGAGAGACCGUGGCUCAAAGUGGACAAUAGCCAGACAGAUGUUGCUUGCGACAAUGCUAAAAAAUAUAAAUUCACCCGAUCCCGUAGAUCUGUCGAUGCAGAACAGCCUCAUCCAGUUCUUGGUGGUCCAACGCCCAUUGACGUUGAGAAGGAUGAGAAAGUGAAGAAUCUCGUGCAAAAUAGCCUUGUGUCCUUUAAUUCAAAGGAUGGGAAUAGUUUUGAACUUCAUCGAAUUGUUGAAGCAACAAAGAAAAUCGUUCAGGGAGUUUUGUAUGAGAUUAAGGUUGAAUUCCGAAGUACAGGAGAUUCAAAGGAGGUUGUAACGUGCAAUUUAUCAGUGUGGGAGAGACCGUGGCUCAAGGAGGAAAGCAGCCAGACAGAUGUUUCGUGCAACAACGAUAAAAAGUACACAUUUCGUGCAAAACGCUCUCUAAUCUACGAUCACAGGCGAAGGGCUGAAGAUGAUGAGGACGAGCAGAGGCAGCUGAUGAAUCAGAGGGAUACCCUGGCACGGCACGAGGCGCUUUUCCACAAAUUCCAACUGAAAUUCGGACGUGCUUAUCAUUCAUCAAUGGAGAAGAGUCUUCGUUUCCGUAUUUUCCAGAAUAAUUUGGCUAAAAUUGAGCAGCUAAAUGAACGUGAGCAGGGAACAGCCAAGUAUGGUAUUACGCAAUUUGCUGAUCUGACUCCGAGUGAGUACCGCAUGAAGACGGGACUGUGGAGGAGGGAAUUCGAUGAGAAUCACAUUUCCAAUCCAAUCGCUGAAAUUCCCAACAUUAAGCUGCCAAAGAGCUUCGAUUGGCGCGACAAGAAUGCCGUGAGUGAGGUGAAGAAUCAAGGAUCAUGCGGCUCAUGCUGGGCUUUCUCCGUCACGGGGAACAUUGAGGGGCUCUAUGCCAUCAAAACGGGGCAAUUGGAGGAAUUCUCUGAGCAGGAACUCGUUGAUUGUGACACAAUUGAUGGUGGAUGUGCUGGAGGACUCCCGGAUAAUGCCUACAAAGCAAUUGAGCAGCUGGGUGGGCUGGAGUAUGAGUCAGAGUACCCAUAUCGUGCCCGGAAGAGUGAAUGUCACCUCAAUAAGACAAUGAUGCAUGUAAAGGUGAAGGGAGCUGUGGAUUUGCCCAAGAAUGAGACAGCCAUGCAGCAAUGGUUGGUGCAAAAUGGCCCCAUUUCCAUUGGAAUCAAUGCCAAUGCUAUGCAAUUCUAUCGCGGAGGAGUCUCCCAUCCAUGGCGCCCCCUCUGUCGUCACGGGAAUCUUGAUCAUGGUGUCCUCAUUGUGGGCUACGGAGUCUCAGAGUAUCCGCUGUUCAACAAAACCCUCCCCUAUUGGAUUGUGAAGAAUUCCUGGGGCCCUAAAUGGGGUGAACAGGGUUACUAUCGCGUCUUCCGUGGGGAUAAUACCUGCGGUGUUAGUGAGAUGGCCACUUCGGCAGUUUUGGCGUAAUUCUGCCAACAGCAGGAGGAGGCAGGAAGAGUCAGGAAUACUCAAAACGAGCCUACUGAACAUUGUGUAGAUUAGAACAAUAGAAUUCCUCUAAAACUAUUUCCAAUAAUCAUUUAUUUUUUCACGUUUUGUGAACAUCUCAAGUUUGUAAUGAGUGAUUUUUAUCGAAUAAAUCUCAAGAAUUAUCGUAAGAA